ACAUUGAGUAUUUGUGACUGGGGCAUUGGAGUGUGAGCAUCAUGUCUGAACUGAACUCAAAGUCAGUGUUUUUAUGGCUGGGUUUUCAUGGCAUUGGUGAUGAUGUGUAGUGUAGCCCACGCCUUGGUUCUAGCGGUCAGGGAGACGUAGAAGAUGGAAGUGAGCGGAGAAACUGUGAGAUAUGGUCGCAGGAAAGGAAAGUCUCGAGGUUCCACACCACCCGUCGAUCCGAACGAUCAGACAGCCGGGUUGAUGCAUGUACCAACUGCUGAGGACCUACGCCAAGUCACCAUCCUCUCCCAGGGUGACUGGAGCCGCAUCGCCGCCCAACUGGAAAAGAAAUCGCAGGAGGAGGAGAGGAUGCGGGCCAGGCAUGAGGAGAAGAAGCUUCUACAUCAACGCUCCAAGGAGAUGGUGAAGAACUGGAGUAACACAAUAGCUGGUCAGCGUCUGAAGAAGUUGGAAGCUCGAGCGAUCCGAGAGGAGAAGGAAGAGGCGGAGAGAGUUCAGGUGGAUAUAGGGGAGGCAAAGUUCCAAGCCCAACGUAGGAAAGAAGCUAUUGAGAAGGCCAAGACACUACAAUACUACCAAACAGACAGGGUGAAAGGAUUUCAUGGUGCUCUGCUGCUGACCGAAGUCUUGAAGGAGCGUGAAGCUCAAAUCAAUCUGAAGGAUCGCAAAGAUGCCGCCAUGGCCGAAAAGGAUAAGGGUCUUCUGGCCCGAUAUCAGAGGGAACUGGAGGAAGGUAUUCUGGAAGAUCACAAGAAAGCGGUCAAAUCACUCAAAGAGAGGAAGCAAGUGGCAGAGUUCCAAAUUAAGCAGAUCGAGAAACACAUCGCCGACGGAGAAAGAGAAGUCAUCGAUGACAUCCGAGAGGGAGAGGAUCUCAAACAAAACGUGAUUCACUACAACGCUGAGAAGGCUAAGAUCGAGGGGAUUCGCACACAGGAGAAGAUCGACCUGAUGAACGCCCACAAACAGACUGUGGCCAACAGGGAUUUGAUUCGCGCCGCUGAGUUGCAGAAGGAAGAGGAGGAGGAAGAGGAAAUUCGCAUCUUCGCUGCCGCCAAGAAGAAGAUGACCAAACUGAGGAAGGAGCGAGAGCAGACACUGUGGCAGAAAAAGCAAGAUAAUGUGAACAAGAUGGUCAACAAACUUGACGGUCAACUCAAGGCGAAGAUGGACGACGAAGAUGACCGCAUCGCCAAGGCCGUCGAGGAGCGCGAAGCUGCCCGAGAUAAAGAAGCCAUGGAGAAAGAACAGAAGCUUGGAAAGAACCUGCAGGAGGAAGCCGAGCACAGGAUGAUGCAGAUGAAGCAGCGAGAACAGCUUGAACGGGAGGAAAAGAGACGCGAGCUGGAAGCCCUCUACACCAAGAUGGAGGCCGACAAGCUCUUUGCUGCCAAACAGAAAGAGAAGUACAGCCAGACGAGAACCGGAAACGUCAAACUGGCCAAGUUCCACAUCAAACAGGUCUCGGAGAGGCAGGAUCUAGAAGUCAAAGAGGAGCAGGAGAAACUGGAGAUGGACAAGAAGAACUUGGAGCUGCUCGCCAUGGAGGAGAUACAGUUCCAAGAAUACGCCAAGAAGGUCAUCGACCACUGCGAGGAGGGUCAGAGGAACACCUACCCCCUGCGGAAGGCAGCGAGGGAGGGCCAUGGGGGUGGGCUCGGGCCCGUCUUUGAAGGUAAAGGUGGAAUCCGCCCAAGUUACCUCGUGAACGACCACACCGACGUGGAGUUGCCCCACUACCAAAGGAACAGCACAGAUAACGUGAAAUACUCCCAUGCAGGAAAUACUGGUAAAACCUCAAAGAGGCUUGGAUUUGUAUGGUAGAAUGUGCCUUGUCGGAAUCUGUUCAUAGUUUCAUGUACAAAACAAAAAGACUAAAGCAAGUCACAUUGUUACCUUUCCAAACCUUUUUUGAUGUGCUACUUGAUUUCCUCUGAUGACAAGGCAAUAUGAUUAAAGACAGUGGACACUAUUGGUAAUUGUCAAAGACCAGUCUUCUCACUUGGUGUAUCUCAACAUAUGCA